AUGGAGCUCGACCCGACGGCGCCUCUCCCCUCCAGCAAGAUCGACCAUAUUGGGAUCACCGCCCCAACCGAGCAGCUCGAAUCCCUCAUCGAGUUCUACCUCAAAGCGCUGGCUCUCGCUCCACUACAAAGAGAUCAUGCGGUUUCCUGGGGCUGUUGGGCUCGGAGACAAGGUCCCGGAUUUCUGGAUCUCAGAGACGAAGAUCGCAAGACGGUCGAUGCGUUUCAUGAGGCUGCGCUCGCCGCUGGCGGAAAGUGUAACGGCAAGCCUGGUCUACGGACAGAGUACCAUCCCAAUUACUAUGCGGCCUUUAUCAUAGACCCCAGAGGCAACAAUGUGGAGAUUGUAUGCCAUUUGCCCGUGGAAGAGUAG